AUGAGUGUUUUUCUUAAGCCAUUUCAUGCACUUAAGAAUCUCUAUCCUGAGGAAAGGCGAUCGCUCUUUUUGUUGAGCGAGUUCUUCCUCUUCCUCCGUCGACUCAAAGAUCUCAAUAAGGUACGCCUUCCGAAUUCCAUCUUUGGAUUGGAUCAGGCUCCAGCAGGACCGCAUUUUAUUCCCCUAAUUAUCUUCACGGGAUAUCUCCUUCUUCCCCUUCCCCUCCACCCUUGA